AUGAGUGACAGCUACCAACUUGAAAGAGUCCAACGCAAGUUUCUGAAGUGGCAUCUAACAUUUUAUCAAUUGAUUGUCCUCCUCAUGACUAUAAUCCAGUACUUUUCCACCUUGAUUUGCCGGCUUGAUAGGAAAGUUCAAACAAACAUAUCAUUUUUGACAAAACAGAUUGAUGGUCGAAUUGACUCACCUAUUCUUUUAAACAAACUUAAUUUUAGAAUCCCAGUUUUUAAUUGCCUUGAUGAUUUUCCCUUCCAUAUUCCCUUUGGUUUUGUGAAUUAUUUGCGAAACAGUAAUAUGUCACUUAUGAUGAGAUUAGCGAACAAGGAUCCAUCAUUUCUAUUGGGGGACUAA